AAAGUUCUGCCAGGGAAGUGCGUCGGAUUCCCGGGUCAAGUUCUGUUUCCGGGAACCAUCUGAGGAGGAGGAGGAGGAGGAGCUCUCCUCCAGAGAUGGUAACGGUACUAAACAAUACAAGGUGAGGGUAGGGGACUACCAUUCUCUGGUUCCCGAGGAGUUUGAGAGGGAGUACGCCGUCGAUCAGAUCGUCCUGCACCCUAGCUACCGUUCCCACAGCAACGACUACGACCUGGCCUUGGUGCGUCUGUCGCCGGGAGCGGCGGGGAAGGGCCGCGGUCGAUGCGUGGAGUUCAGUCGGCACGUCCUGCCCGCCUGUCUGCCGCUACGCAAGGAGAGAGUCCUGAAACUGGCUUCCAACUGUCACAUCACAGGCUGGGGGGACACAGGUCGGUCCUACUCCAAGACCCUCCAGCAGGCUCCUCUCUCCCUCCUCCCCCGUCGUCACUGCCAACAGCGUUACCACGGAGCCUUCACCAGCCGCAUGCUCUGCGCCGGGACGGACGGCCAAUCAGAGCGCCGCGUGGACAGUUGCCGUGGAGACAGCGGCGGCCCGUUGGUGUGCGAGCGUCCGGGCGGAGGGUGGGUGGCGUACGGCGUGACGUCAUGGGGUCACUCCUGUCGCACGCAACACUCACCUGGGGUCUACACUAAAGUCUCCGCCUUCACACCCUGGAUACACAAGGUGAUUGGACAAUGAGGGGGAUACAGGAAGUGGAUCUGCAAAGUGAUUCGCCGACAAUGGGAAGAAUGCAGGAAGUGGAUCUGCAAGGUGUGGAUUGGACAAUGGGAUAAGGGCAUGAAGAGAUGACAGCCAAUGUGAGACAGUGGUAGAUAACGGACUGGCCAAUUGAGAAGGACUAUAUUUUGGAGCUUGUGAUUUGAUUGGUCAGUAAAUAAGUGGUUUAAAACCAAGUGAAAGGCUUGACCAAUCUCACCCCUGUCUCUCUUUCAUAUCCACCCCCUCCCCCAUUUACCCUCUCUCUCUCCCUCUUUUCCUCUCUCCCUCCUCUUUCCCUCCCUCUCUCCCUCCUCCUUCCCUCCCUCUCUCCCUCUCUCCCUCUUCCUCCCCUCUCCCUCUUCCUCCUUCCCUCUCUCCCUCUUCCUCCCAUCUCCCUCUUCCUUCCCUCUCUCCCUCCUCCUCCUUCCCCCUCUCUCUAUCCCUCUUCCUUCCCUCUUUCUCUUCCUCCUCGUUCCCUCUCUCCUCGUUCCCUCUCUUAAUAUUUAACCCUUUGAGGUAACACUAGGAACGAGGAGGAAGAGAGAGAGAGGGAACGAGGAGGAAGAGAGAGAGAGGGAACGAGGAGGAAGAGAGAGAGAGGGAACGACACUAUUUUGUUUCCCAGGUUAAAUCAACUCCUGUUUUGUUGCUUUUAAUAAACAGUGGAGAUUCUUUAACUUUAAUCUGAGGAAUUUGUUGUUGCUUUUUAUGCUACGUUGUGGACUAAUAAACACACGCCAGACAACCAGUCUAUAAUGUGA